UCAAAACAUGACUCAGUUUCCUUUGUUUUCGGAUUGAAAUUGAAUUAUUAAAGUAUUUUUCCAUUAUAAGGUGGUAUUCUUUAUUAAAUUUUAGUAUACUUAGUUGUUUUUAACAAUCCGCCCAUCAUCAUUUAUAAUCUUAUACUCAAUAACCAGUGAAACUUCUUUUAAUUACCAAACAAAUAAAAAUGUCUCUCGAACUUGAUCAAGAAUGGGAAGAAUACAAAAUAAAAUUCAACAAAGAAUACAAAGACGAUGAAGAAGAGCAAAUGCGUCGAAAGUUGUACAUGGAGAAUAAAGUAAAAAUUGAAGAACACAAUAAGCGUUUUGCAGCUGGAGAAGUAACAUUCUCAAUGGGCAUUAAUGCUUUUGCUGACAAAGCUCCUGGCGAGCAUCCUUGUGGUGGUCGUUUGGCACCUAAAAAAUAAAUUAUGACAAAAAUGAAAUCUCUUCUUCUUAUUUUACUUUGAUACUUGACAAAAUUAAUUUGAUAUUCCAAAUAAAUGUAUUUUUAUAUGUAUCUGUUCUAUUGCAAUUAAAUAUUUUAUUAUAUAAAACAUACAUACAAAGUUA